AUGACUGAUUUCGACCAUGUGGUUUGUUUCGCGGCAUUUCAAUUCCUGGACCCCGUUCACUUGACCGCGUGUUUGGCUCGCAUGUUCAUGGUUGCCAGGAAGUCGGUGACUGCGAUCCAUGAGGAUCUCAGUGACACAUACAUUGAAAAUAUGAAGAAGCGUAACGGAGAACUGUGUACCAAUUUCAAUCAUAUUUCCACGCUGGAGGAGUUUGGCGUUCCUAAGGGUUGGAAGCAGGUUCUCAUGAAACACUUUCCCUUAUAUGAUAACCCGAACAUUGGGGAGGUGGUGUAUGGAUUUGCGAUUCGUUUUGAGAGAGCCUAA